AUCUAUGUUUCACCCUGCGCAAAGGCUGCUGGUACCCGGCUGUCAUGGCUCCGAACGUAAACAGAGAGUUAUGAAUACCGACACAUUUUAGUUAGUAUUUAGACAAAUUAACUGCAGGGACACUUUAACUGUAACUGUCAGGUGGAUAAACACGUCACAGGGAGAAACAUGUCCGCAGGAAACAAAGCCAUUGAGUUACAGCUCCAGAUGCGGCAAAAUGCGGAGGAUCUGCAGAGCUACAUGUCUGAGCUGCAGAGCUGGGAGACAGACAUCAAGAAGAGAGACGAGGAGCUGAGGACCGGAGGACUGCAACAGGACCAGAAGAAGCUCCCACCUGUGCGCAACAUAGACUACAAAACAAAAAUGAGAGAAAGAAAGAAGAAGAAGAAGGAGCUAACCAGCAACGGAGACGCUAAGGCAGGGGACGCCUCCAGGAUCAAAGCAUACGACUAUAAAUCAUGGGACAAGUUUGACGUGGAGCAGGCUCUGGCAGAGAUGGAUAAGGAGGAAAGUCCUGCAGAGUCCAAUGAGUCGGACUCUGAGGAAGCUGACCGGGACAAAAUGCUGGCUGAGAAAGAAAAGGGCAACACGUUUUUCAAAGCGGGGAAUUAUGAUGAAGCUGUGGAGUGUUACACCAGAGGGAUGGCUGCAGACCCUUACAACCCUGUGGUCCCCACCAACAGAGCCACCUCCUUCUUCAGACUGAAGAAGUAUGCUGUGGCAGAAUCCGACUGCAACUUGGCGAUCGCUCUGGACAGAAACUACUUCAGAGCGUACGCUCGGAGAGGAGCGGCGCGGUUUGCUCUGAAGAAAUACCAGUCUGCAUUAGAAGAUUAUGAGAUGGUUCUCAAGCUCGACCCUGGGAACGAAGAGGCACAGAGUGAAGUGGAAAAGAUCACAGAGACUCUCGGACAUCAGGCACCUGGCGUCCUAAGUGGAGCCACACAGGAGGCUCCCACAGAGGCCCUGGAGCAGCAGGGAGGAGAGGAGCAGGAGAGGAGACAGGAGGAGGAGAGAAGACAGGAGGAGCAGCAGAGGCGACAGGAGGCGGCUGUACAAAAGGACAGGGGGAAUGCUUAUUUCAAGGAGGGGAAGUACGAAGCGGCGGUUGAGUGCUACAGCAGAGGCAUGGAGGUCGACAGCCUGAACGUGCUGCUGCCCGCCAACAGAGCCAUGGCCUUCCUCAAGCUGGAGAAGUAUGAGGAGGCGGAGGAGGACUGCAGCAAAGCCAUUUCUCUGGACACAACUUACAUUAAGGCUUUUUCCCGGCGGGCCACUGCCAGAGCGGCUCUAGGGAAAGUGCAGGGGGCCCGACAAGAUUUCCAGGAGGUGUUAAGACUGGAACCUGGGAACAAGCAGGCCCUGAACGAGCUGCAGAGACUCCACAUGGACGCGGCUCCCAGCGGCCUGCUGCAGACUGCAGACGGCUCACUCAGGAGAACCGUUCAGCCCGUAGACAAGCCAACACACCUGCAGUCAGCGAAGCCUCUGCGCAGGAUCGAGAUUGAGGAAGUGAGUGGAGAGGUGACGGUGUCUGAGGUGGAGUUCGAUGGGUCCAAGUUCCUCAUCAAGGAGGUGAUGAAGGAGGCUGAGGACGACUCGUCUCCACUGUCCACAUCCCCCAGCGCUAAAGUGAUAAAGAUAGAGGAACUAGCAGAGGUCCCUUCACUCUCUGACAGAGUUCCUUCUAACAGCCAGAGCAGACAUCCAGUACAGCAGGAAGUGGCUCCUCCUCCUCCGUCAGCACCCAACCUGCCCCCCCCCCCCACCAACAGCUUCCAACUGGAGGCCGACCUGCGCAAGCUGGGCCGGCAACCUGAAGUCAUCUACAGAUACCUGAGGCAAAUCAACCCCGAGGCACUCACAAGCAUAUUCCAGAACUCCCUGGAGCCGGACAUCCUCAACCAGAUCCUGAACACGCUGCAUGGGUUCUACAUCAAGAAUGAGGCGGCGGCCGUCACGCUGCAGGUCCUCAGCAGUCUGGCCAGCGUGCGGCGCUUCGACAUGGCCGUGAUGUUCCUGUCCUCCGCGGAGAAGAAAGUGCUCACAGACCUGUUCAACUUCCUGCACCGGGCCGAGCUGGAGACAUCCUGCAUCGCAGCGCUGCAGAAGAAGUACGGAGUGUGACGCUGCUAAAACUCUUCAUUUCAACUCUCUACAUCAUUUAAUAAGCCAACUAUUAAUACAAUGUUCCUAAAUAUUCAGCUUGCUUUCAUUCACAUGGCCUCCUGUGGUAAAAUGACCCUAAAUAUGUUCUGCUCUCUCUGCAUUUAUUAAAAGUUGGAAACUGGAACUUCACCAAUGGCGGUUUGUUGUUCUGAUCAUGAUGCGUUCAAGUGUUCAAGCUGAUGCGGUGAAUACCUGUGCGGUAUCCGGUUACUAUGUCAUAGCUAAAUCUGCCACUUGACUGUCAAACUGAAUAUAUGUAACGUUUUGAAAGCUGUUUUCAUAAAUGCAUCACACGUAUCUACAUAUUAUAGUGUAUACCCAAGACAGAUGUUCUAUUAACAGGAAGUGUGAGUUUCCAACAUUCCAGCAGCUUUUGAAUGCAGCCUGAGUAUGGCCUGGUCUCUGUGAGUACUUUAUUGUUCUGUUCUGGGGAAGCAACAAAUAAAGGUGUAUUGACAAAUGUU